AUGCUGAGAACAACUUGGCUGUGUCUAGUGCUUGGGUUCCUGCGGGCCCAGUCCUUCCCUUGCCCCAAAGCCUGCAGGUGUGUCUACCGCGACGGCGUGCAAUGCUCUGGAGGCGAUGUGGCGCGCAUCUCUGAGCUCCACCUGCCUACCAACUCCACGCACAUCGUGCUCUUCAACAUGAGCAGCAGCACCUUGCAGAAUCACAGUUUCAGCGGUAUGACGGUCCUGCAGCGCCUGAUAAUCUCAGAUAACCCAAUUUCUGCCAUUGCCCCCGGCACCUUCAAUGACCUGAUAAAACUAAAAACCCUAAGGUUGUCGCGCAACAAAAUCACUCAUCUUCCAAGUGGGCUAUUGGAUAAGACCGUCCUCCUUGAACAGUUGUUUAUGGAUCAAAAUCAACUCGCUUUCCUUCCCGCUACUCUUUUCAUAAAUCUAGCGAACCUGAAAGUGUUGGAUUUAUCGGGAAACAAUUUGACCCACCUAUCUAAGGGACUGUUUGAGACGCAGGUUAAGCUUGAGAAACUUCUGCUCCACUCGAACCACCUCACCUCACUGGAUUCGGGGCUGUUAGAUAGCUUGGGCACCCUGAUUGAGUUGCAGCUCCACAGAAAUCACAUCAAUUUCAUCGCACCGGGUGCCUUCGAUCGGCUUCGAAAAUUGAACUCUCUGACUCUUUCCAGAAACCACCUCGUGUUUCUGCCCUCUGCGCUCUUUCUUCACACGCACGAUUUGACUCUCCUAACCCUGUCUGAGAACCCGCUGGAAGAGCUUCCGGAGGUGCUCUUUGGGAAGAUGGCGGGCCUGCAAGAGUUGUGGCUGAACAGAACCCAACUCCGCACUCUGCCCGACGCUGCUUUCAGCAACCUAAGCGGCCUGCAGACUCUCGGAGUGAUCCGGAGCCCGCGCCUGAGCGCGCUCCCGGACGGUGCCUUUCGGGGCCUCGGUGAGCUCCGGGCGCUCGCCCUGCACUCCAACGACCUGGCCGCGCUCCCCUCGGGCCUGCUGCGCGGCCUCCGGAGUCUGCGGGAAGUCUCGCUGCACAACAACCGGCUGCGGGCUCUGCCCGUCGCGCUCUUCCGCAACCUGAGAAGCCUGGAGAAGGUCCAACUGGAACACAACCACCUGGAGACCCUGCCUGGCGACGUGUUUGAGGCUCAGCUCCAACUGACAGAGGUUUUGCUGGGACACAAUCCCUGGCGUUGCGACUGUGACCUAGAGCCUUUUCUGGGGUGGCUGCGGCAGCACUCAGGUCUUGUGGGCGGAGUCGAGCCCCCGCAGUGUCACUUCCCCAAGAAGCUCCUAGGCCUGGUGCUCUGGGUCCUACCGGAUGAUGGCCUGGGGUGCCCAGGCACCGAGGGGCCUCCUUCCCUGCCUCCUGUGGAGGAAAACUCCUCCUCGGAAGUACCCACCCCCACAGCUGUGCCCAGCAGUUCCUUGCCCUCCACCCACUCUUUCUUGUUGUCUAGCAGUUCAGAACCCUGGGUAUGGGCCCAAUUGGUGGUAGCCAAGGACGAACGUGAAGACCAUACCCAGUUUUGGGGUCUUUAUUUUCUGCUUUUGGCCAUUCAGGUCAUAAUAACUGUGACCAUUAUAUGUGCUAUGAUUAAGAUCAGUCGACUCCUUCUAAAAUUAAUAAAAGAGGGGUCUCUUUUUAGAGUUAAUGGGGAAACCUGA